GAGGCAAGAAACCCUAAAGUAGCCCGUCUCUUAUAUCUCUCCCUCUCUCGCAUUAGGUUUUCUCUCAAGUCGCGGCGGCACCACAACUUCGCUCUCUCUCUGGUACUCGUUCGUCCUCUCCUUCCAGGUAAAGUUCGGUAGAAGAUGGGUCGUGUUCGUACCAAGACUGUGAAGAAAUCUUCACGCCAGGUGAUUGAGAGAUACUACUCUAAAAUGACACUGGAUUUCCACACUAACAAGAAGAUCUUGGAAGAGGUUGCGAUCAUCCCAUCGAAGAGGCUCCGAAACAAGAUUGCUGGUUUCUCAACCCACUUGAUGAAGAGAAUUCAGAAGGGUCCAGUCAGGGGCAUCUCAUUGAAGCUGCAAGAAGAAGAGCGUGAACGUCGUAUGGAUUUUGUUCCAGACGAAUCAGCUAUUAAGAUUGAUGAAAUUAAGGUUGACAAGGAGACACUUGAUAUGCUUGCUGCUUUUGGCAUGUCAGACAUUCCUGGACUCGUUGAGGUCGAGCCACAGGCUAUGGCUCCACUCCAAGCUUUCGGUAGGGGUGCAGGUGGCCCGAGGAGAUACUAAGGUAAUUGAGGUUACGCCACUGCUUUUGGGAAUUAGAAGUUUUUUGUUAUUCAAUAUCUUAAGGCCAUGGACAUUCUUGUUGCUAGUUCUCUUCAGAUUUGUCCUUAAAUUUGGUACUUGUCUUUUUAGUUUUGACUUUGAGUGGAUGUUCAAAUCAUUCUGGACAUGGAUGAUGAUACUUUUGUUUUAAGUAUUGAAUAUUUCUGAAGUUAACAUUUUGCUAUUAGUCAUUC